AUGGUCCAAAAUACGCAACGAAAAAAGCUGGACUCCCGCAUUCCGACCCUCAUUCAGAACAAUGUGCAGAAAAACAAGCGUUCCUUCUUUGUCCUUGUGGGAGACCGAGGAAGGGACCAAGUGGUGACGAUGCACUUCUUGUUGGCGAAGGCGAGGGUUGCAGCCCGCCCCGACGUGCUUUGGUGUUACAAGAAGGAGCUUGGGUUCUCCAGCCAUCGGAAAAAGCGUAUAAACCAGAUCAAAAGGCAGAUUGCGCGAGGGAUCAGGGAAGCAGACCAGGAGGAUCCAUUCGAACUCUUCGUUUCGUCAACAUCUAUCCGAUACACCUACUACAAAGAGACGGAGAAGAUUUUGGGAAACACAUACGGGAUGUGCGUCCUGCAGGAUUUUGAGGCGCUGACGCCAAAUCUAUUGGCACGGACGAUCGAGACGGUCGAAGGCGGUGGUAUCGUGGUCAUUUUGUUGAAGACGAUGAACAGCUUGAAGCAGCUGUACAGCAUGACGAUGGAUGUGCAUUCGAGAUAUCGGACGGAGUCGCAUCAGGAUACUGUUGCGAGAUUCAACGAACGUUUCAUUUUGUCGCUGGGAUCUUGCGAAUCUUGCUUGGUGGUCGAUGACGAGUUAAAUGUACUCCCACUCAGCGCUGGGAAGAACGUGAAGCCAUUACCCCGGCUCGAAGAGACUCCCCUCACACCGGCGCAAAAGGAGCUGGCGGACCUGAAAACAUCUCUCAAAGACACGGAGCCUGUGGGAUCUCUCGUGAAUUGCGCGAAAACGCUGGAUCAAGCGAAGGCGUUGUUGACGUUCAUCGAAGCCAUCGCUGACAAAUCCCUGAGAUCGACGGUGUCACUGACGGCUGCUCGUGGACGCGGUAAAUCCGCUGCGCUUGGAAUAGCGAUGGCUGCUGCGGUGGCUUACGGAUACUCGAACAUCUUCAUCACAUCGCCAAGUCCCGAGAACUUGAAGACUCUGUUCGAAUUCAUCUUCAAAGGUUUCGAUGCGCUUGGAUACGAAGAGCAUUUGGACUAUGAUAUUGUUCAGUCGACGAAUCCCGCGUUCCAAAAGGCGGUUGUGAGAGUUAACAUCUUCCGCGACCACCGUCAAACCAUUCAGUGGAUUCAGCCGUCUGACUCGCAUGUCCUCGCACAAGCCGAGCUGGUUGUCAUUGAUGAAGCGGCUGCCAUCCCUCUACCCGUCGUGCAGAACCUCCUUGGACCGUACCUGGUUUUCAUGGCUUCAACAAUCAACGGUUACGAAGGCACUGGCCGUUCUUUGUCUCUGAAGCUGUUGAGCCAGCUACGAGAGCAAAGUCGCGGAGUCACAUCCGCGAAAGGCAAGGAGGAUGCCACUGGUGUCGUGGUUAGCCGUGAUGGAAAGGAACGCAAAUCGGGAGACGCAACCGCGGUCACACCCGCAGUCGUUGGAAAUCGCACGCUCCGUGAAAUCAAAUUGGAGGAGCCGAUCAGAUAUGCCUCUGGCGAUCCUGUCGAAUCAUGGCUGAACAAGCUUCUUUGCCUCGACUGCUGCACUCCCGACCCUUCCAUUAGCCGGUCCAUCUCCGGAUGUCCUCAUCCUUCGAAGUGCGAGUUGUACUACGUCAACCGCGACACACUGUUCAGCUUCCACCCAGUGUCUGAAGCCUUCCUGCAAAAGAUGAUGUCGUUAUACGUCGCCAGUCAUUACAAGAACAGCCCGAAUGACUUGCAACUUCUCAGCGAUGCACCGGCGCAUCAUCUGUUCGUCCUCCUCCCACCGGUCGAUGAGGAACGAACAACGGCCUUACCUGAACCACUUUGCGUGGUCCAGGUGUGCAUGGAAGGAUCGAUUGCCAAGGGCUCUGCACUCUCUGCCCUUGCGAAGGGUGUUCGCGCGCAGGGAGACUUGAUUCCCUGGGUGAUCACACAGCAAUUCCAGGACGACGACUUUGCCACCCUCUCUGGUGCACGUGUUGUGCGUAUCGCCACACAUCCGGAUUACGUCGGAAUGGGUUACGGUGGACGGGCGUUGGAGCUACUCCAAGAUUAUUACAGCGGUCAGAUUGCGUCGCUCAACGAGGAUGAUACUCCUGCGUCUGUGCCUACCGAAUCCAUGACUCGCGUUACCGAUGAGGAGCUGGAAGGAGCGUCCUUGCAAAGCGAUCAGAUCAAGAUCCGUGACGCCGCUACUAUGCCACCACUCCUACUCAAGCUUUCUGAACGUCCACCUAGGGAAAACCUUCACUGGCUCGGUGUUUCGUACGGUAUCACAGCGUCCUUGCACAAGUUUUGGAAACGCAAUGGUUACGUCCCUGUGUACCUUCGACAAACGCCAAAUGAACUUACCGGUGAACAUUCUUGCGUCAUGUUGAAGAAGCUUAACCGUAACUCUGCGCCUGGCGAAGAUUUCACAAUCACACAGUCCGAGUGGCUGAAAUCGUUUACUCUGGAUUUCCGCCGGAGAUUCACGAACCUUUUGGCAUACCAGUUCCGGGCCUUCUCUCCCAUUCUCGUUAUGAGCAUCUUUGAAGCCGCUGGCGCAAUUAAGGAUGCCCCGCCACCAAGCGAAGAACGAGACCUGACGGUAGCGGCCCUGUCAACUGCGUCUGAGAUCAGCCGCCAGUUCACUCCAUAUGAUCUCAAGCGUCUCGAGUCGUACACUCACAACCUUCUCGAUUACCACGUCAUCAUGGAUUUGAUCCCGUCCCUGGCACAAGCAUACUUCCUCGGCCGCCUUCACCGUCACAGUUCAGCGAACGGUUCCACUCAGGAAGCCGGCGGUCCCUCCGCCUCAACGCCAACAUUCGUCAAGCUUUCUCCCGUUCAAGCUGCUCUCCUUGCCGGUCUAGGUCUGCAGAAGAAGACAGUGGAUGACCUCGAAAAGGAGUUGGACCUCCCAUCAACGCAAAUUAUGGCCUUGUUUGGCAAGCUUAUCCGCAAAUGCCACUUGUUCCUGUCUGGUGUGGUGGAAUCGGACGUGACGUACGAAGUAGAAGCUGUUGUCAAACCCGUUUCGAAAGCAGACACUAAGCGCGCCCUCGCAGAUGCUGAAGGCGAGGACGACGACGCCAUGGAUAUCGACGACGGGAAAGCACGUCCCCGCGAUAUAACCGACGAAGCCGCUUGGGAUCCCACCACCGAAUCGCUUUCUGCGGACUUGUCCCAAGGCGAGUCGGAUAUCAAGGCUGCCCUGCGGAAGGAACAGAAACGGGUGCUCGAAACGCUCAACUUGGAGCGCUUCGCUAUUCCGGACGCCACCGCUGACUCGUUGGAGCUGGGUUCCGGGUCGGCUACGAUCGUCAAUGUAAAAGGAAGCGGUUCGUCUUCCAAGAAGCGAAAGCUGAAUACGUCGGCAACGGAGAUUGCUGCCAAGUUCAAGGGAGAUGCGACGAUUGUGGAUCCCAAAGGAUUAAUGGAGAAGAAGAAGGAUCAAGUGAAGAAGGCGAUGAAGAAGGCGGGGGGCAGGUAG